UAUUUACAGAAGCCUUUUGUGUGCUUUUUGAAAUUGGGUCUCUCUAGCACUUUAACAGAUAUUUUUAGCUAUAUGCUUGCCGACCCCAUUCCCAUGGAGAGUGAGUGACAGGCUAGAGCAAGGAUAUAAUUGUCACAUGACGCACUUCAGCAGAGAAGUGAGUGUUGGGAGGGGGAGUGCACAAUCAUGGCUUGUGCAAAGCAAGACAUAGUUACCUAUGACCAGAGCUUAGGAGCUGAGAAAAACUUAGCUGAGGAGGAUCAGGAUACUGUCAGUGUUGCUCCUGACACAGUGCUCCAGGUGGAGGGGGAGAUGUUCUUUGUGAACCGCGAGCAUUUGGCCCAGCUGAGUCCCUACUUCCGAGCCUUGUUUUUUGGCGGCGGUCGUGAGAGCACCAAGAAGCACAUUGAGAUUAAAGGAGUUGGACUUCAGCAGUUUCAGACUCUAAUGGAGUUCACAAAGAACUUGAAGCUGAAAUUAGACUGCAAGAAUGUCCUUGAAAUUCUGGAGGCUGCUGACUUCCUCCAGUUGGACAGGGCUCGGUUACUCUGCUGUAAGUUCUUGGAAAGGCAAUUGCAUCUUAGUAACUGCUUGGGAAUGAUGGCCUAUGCUUGGCAGCGUGGCUGUCUGGACCUCUAUGCAGCAGCAAGGGAUGUCGUCUUGACCCACCUACCUGCCUUAGCCUCCGAGCAAGACUUUAUGUUCCUUCCCAAGGAAAGCAUUGCUGACCUCCUUGCUAGUGACAACUUAAGCAUUCCCAAGGAAGACCUGGCUCUUGACGUGGCCCUUCGCUGGGCAACGUUUGACCCAAGUCGGGAAGAGGACUUCAUGGAACUGGUGGGUCUGGUUAGACCCGAGUGCUUAAGUCUUCCCUACAUUACUGAUCUUCUGUCCAAGAUAAACAGUUCAGACCCACGUGCCAAGCUCAUUUGUAGACUGAAUAAUAACUUGCCCAACAGUUGGUCUAUGGGCAGGUCCAUCCCUAGAGCCCGCUCAAGAGAAACUCUGUUUGUUCUCGGUGGACCGCAUGAGCAAGAAACACAGUUGCUGUAUCAGUUUCACCCCUACAGUGGAAGGUGGCAAUCCCAUCCACCCUUGCAAAAGAAGUGUCUCACAGAGUACUCUGUGGCUGCAGUAGGGGAAAACAUAGUAGUGACUGGAGGCUACUUCCGGGAUGUGUUAUGGUAUAGUGUGGACUGGGUGAGCAUUUACGAGCAUGGCGACAAGCGAUGGGUGGAUGGCCCGGGGAUGCAGAAGUCCAGGCACAGCCAUUGCUCAGCAGCUCUGGAGUUCCAGGUGUUUGUGUUUGGCGGUAGCAUGGAUGAGGGACCUGUGGCUGACGUAGAGAGGCUGGUUUUGGGAGCCAAGGAAUGGGACACUGUCAGCCCCAUGGUGCGGGCUGUGGAAAGGGCAGCCACUGUCACUUUGGGGACUAGUAUUUAUGUGGCCUGUGGUCUAGAUGAGAAUGGGGAUGUUUACAGUGGGAUUCAGAGGUACAAGCCAGAGGUUGAUCAAUGGGACGUGGUAUCCUAUUCUCCGUUUCCACGUUACGACCUUCUUGCAACUGAGCUCAAUGGUGCCCUCUAUCUGCUGGGAGGACAGGCUCUACGUUUAGACAUCGACACAGACGAGUGGACUGUUCUUCAAGAGGACUGUCUGGACAACAAAUUCUUCACAGGCUGUGCCACAGUGAACGGGCAGAUUUACAUACUGAGUGAAAGGAAGAUAAACAAAACGUACCCAAACAUGAUUUUACUAGACCCUUACACUGAUACUUGCUUGGAAAUUGAGGAUAAAAUACCCUGUCCUGUCCCCAUUAGAGGUUGUGUCACAAUGCAUAUCAGUCCUUUCUAAAGCCAUAACAUCAACACUAGUCUUUCAUGCAAAGUAUUAAACCAAUGCAAAAACAUUUUGUUGAGCAAAGUUGAGGAUAAUCAUAUUCUAAAACAUUUUUAUUGUUAUUCAAAAGGUCACAGAGAAAAAUAGCAGACGAGAAGCAUGUAUGCAACAUUACCAGUAUUGAAGAUUACAAGAAUAUAUUCCUCUUCUGUCAUUGUUACAAGGUAUAUAACAACUACAAAAUGUUGCAUUAAUAAACUCAGAUCAUGGUAAAUCCCAAUAAAAAGAGGAAAAUCCAUACAAAAACAAUCACAGGUCUUUCACAAGUUAAACAAUGUAAGACAGACACAUAACUUUUAAAUGAAAGGUCAGUUAUGGCUACUGUGCAAAUUAACUUUCCAGCUUCAUCUAUAA